GCUGUGAGUACGGAAGCCUGUGCGGCUUAGCUUGUGGAGGGCUGAGAAAUUAUGGCAUCCAGACAAACAGUACCUGUGUGAUCUCAAAGACCUGUGCUUUGUAGGCACUGCUGUAUUGUGUCCUGCAUCUAGCCUGAUGAAGUACUGAGAACUUGGCCACUCAAGAUGCCAGAGAUUAAAGUCACUCCCUUGGGGGCUGGUCAGGACGUGGGCCGCAGUUGUAUCCUUGUCUCCAUCGCAGGCAAGAACGUCAUGUUGGAUUGUGGGAUGCACAUGGGUUACAAUGAUGACAGACGCUUUCCAGAUUUCUCUUACAUUACCCAGAAUGGAAGGUUGACUGACUUCCUGGACUGUGUCAUUAUCAGUCACUUCCACUUGGACCACUGUGGGGCCUUGCCUUACUUCAGUGAGAUGGUGGGCUAUGAUGGACCCAUCUACAUGACUCAUCCCACCAAGGCCAUCUGCCCCAUUCUGCUGGAGGACUACAGGAAGAUUACUGUGGAUAAGAAGGGGGAAACCAACUUCUUCACUUCACAGAUGAUCAAGGACUGCAUGAAGAAAGUUGUGGCUGUCCACCUCCACCAGACUGUCCAGGUGGACGAUGAGCUGGAAAUCAAGGCCUACUAUGCGGGGCACGUGCUAGGUGCUGCCAUGUUCCAGAUCAAAGUCGGCUCUGAAUCUGCGGUCUACACGGGCGAUUAUAACAUGACUCCGGACCGGCACUUAGGGGCUGCCUGGAUCGAUAAGUGCCGCCCCAACCUGCUCAUCACUGAGUCCACUUACGCGACGACUAUCCGAGACUCCAAGCGCUGCCGAGAGAGGGACUUCCUGAAGAAAGUCCAUGAGACUGUGGAGAGGGGCGGAAAGGUGCUCAUCCCGGUGUUUGCUCUGGGCCGGGCUCAGGAGCUCUGCAUCCUGCUGGAAACGUUUUGGGAAAGAAUGAACCUGAAAGCCCCAAUCUACUUCUCCACGGGUUUGACCGAGAAGGCCAAUCACUACUAUAAGCUCUUCAUCACCUGGACUAAUCAGAAGAUCCGGAAAACAUUUGUGCAGAGAAACAUGUUUGAAUUCAAACACAUCAAGGCUUUCGACCGAGCUUUUGCCGAUAACCCUGGACCGAUGGUUGUCUUUGCAACCCCAGGCAUGCUGCAUGCUGGGCAGUCCCUGCAGAUCUUCAGGAAAUGGGCCGGGAACGAGAAAAACAUGGUCAUCAUGCCGGGCUACUGUGUGCAGGGGACCGUGGGCCACAAGAUCCUGAGCGGGCAGCGGAAGCUGGAGAUGGAAGGGAGGCAGAUUCUAGAGGUGAAGAUGCAGGUGGAGUACAUGUCCUUCAGUGCCCAUGCUGACGCCAAGGGCAUCAUGCAGCUGGUCCGCCAGGCCGAGCCAGACAACGUGCUCCUUGUCCACGGGGAAGCCAAGAAGAUGGAGUUCCUGAAGCAGAAGAUUGAGCAGGAAUUCCAUGUGAACUGCUACAUGCCAGCCAACGGAGAGACAGUCACCCUGCUCACCCACCCCAACAUCCCUGUGGGCAUCUCGCUGGGCCUGCUCAAGAGGGAGAUGGCACUGGGACUGCUCCCUGAUGCAAAGAGACCCAAGCUCAUGCACGGCACUCUGAUCAUGAAGGACAAUAACUUCCGCCUGGUGUCCUCUGAGCAGGCCCUCAAGGAGCUGGGCUUGGCUGAACACCAGCUCCGCUUCACAUGCCGUGUGCACAUCCAUGACACACGCAAAGAGCAGGAGACUGUGCUACGUGUCUACAGCCACCUGAAGAGUGUUCUGAAAGCUCAUUUGGUCCAGCACCUGCCUGAUGGCUCAGUCAUGGUGGAGUCCAUCCUCAUCCAGGCCACUGCCCACUCAGAGGAUCCAGGCACCAAAGUGCUGCUGGUCUCCUGGACCUACCAGGAUGAAGAACUGGGCAGCUACCUCACGUCCCUGCUAAAGAAAGGGCUCCCGCAGGCACCCAGCUGAGGUGCUGCUUUCAGCCCGUCUCCUCCUCUCCAGGACACUUUGGAGGGAGGGACCAGGGAUCUUGGUCUGGCCAUUCCAGGGAGGGGCUUGUGUGCCCUUCAGGCAGAUAGCAGCAACACAGCUUUCUGGUCUAUGGCUGGAGCAGGGGAUGAGGCUCCCAGCCUUAGCCCAGGCCCACACGAGGUUACCCACUUCAGCCCUGGGUGCCCUGGUCCUUGCAUGUGGUUUUCUAGGCCAUGCUGACUUCCCUUUGCCUGGUGGGGAUUUGAGGCUGACUUGUGAACUCUGCGAGGGCAUGGACUGUUUUGUAGACUAGCUCCAAUGCCACUCCCCUCCAAGUGCCUAGAACAGGGCUCAGCCACUGAACUCUGUCUUUAAGGAUGAGAAUUAAAUAAAAAGCCACUCAACAGCUUGGA